AUGCUUCCUAAGACGGUGGGCUUAGAAGAGACAUGGGCAUUCCUCAACCCAGGCGUCGACCAUAUCAUGUCCAAUCUCGAGGCUGGUCUUACUUUUGCCUACUACGCCACCCUGUACACAGUGACAUACAAUUACUGCACGACGACGAAGACGGCAGGCUGCCACACUCAUGCUAACAACUAUGCAGCGGGCGCCAAUAUGGCAGGAUCCGAGUUGUACCACAAGAUAAUCGAAUACUUCACGAUACAUUUCGCCUCUAUGAAGCAGUACCUCAACCGUCUCUUCACCUAUCUCAAUCGAUAUUGGAUCCUACGACAGCGUGAUGAGGGGAGGAAAGAGAUAUAUUCUGUGUAUACGAAAUCGCAAUUUUUCGUUUUUAUACAAACGGAUAAUCAGAAGCUAGCCAAAACUGUCCUCUGCCUUGUCGAACGUCAAAGGAACGGCGAAAUGAUUGACCGGGGGCUUGUGAGGAAGGUGGUGCUGUUUUUCGUAUCCUUUGGCCUCGACAACUUCGAUCUCAACAAAGAGUGUCUGGAAGUGUACAAGGAGUACAUUGAACCGCAGUUCAUCAAAGCCACCGAUCAGUCCUACAAGAAGGAGUCAGAAGCUUUCCUUGCCGAGAAUACAGUUUCCGAUUAUCUGGACAAGGCAGAUGAGUGUCUAUGGGAGGAGGAGGACCGAGUAGAAAGAUAUCUGCACACCAAGACACGCAAAGUAUUGAUUCAGAAGUAUGUCGAAUUGAUGUGGGACUACUUCCUACCAUUCCUGGACUUUGAUCAAGGCGAAGACCUCCAGCGUAUAUACGCACUGUUGUCAUGUAUUUCGGACGGACUGGAUCCGCUGAGGAAGCGAUUCGAGGUGCACGUCAAGCAAGCAGGUCUAUCAGUGAUCUCGAAACUGGUGGGAGAGGGCAGUGCCGUGGAUGUUGACCCCAAGAUAUACGUGGACGCAUUGCUGGAGGUUCAUCAGAAGAACUCAGAAACUGUUACUCGAAGUUUUCGAGGGGAAGUUGGAUUUACGGCCAGUCUCGACAAGGCGUGCAAAGAGUUUGUCAACCGUAAUGCCGCCACCGGAUCCUCAUCGACCAAGUCGGCCGAGCUGCUCGCCGAACACGCGGAUAUACUUUUGUGGAGGAACAACAAGAUGGCUGAAGGAGAUCUGGAGAGCGCGCUUAACCGUGUGAUGGUUCUCUUCAAGUGUCUGGAAGACAAGGACGUCUUCCAAAAGUUCUACACCACCAAACUUUCCAAGCGACUCAUUCAAGGCGUGUCUGCUUCUGAUGAGAGCGAAGCCAGCAUGAUAUUGAAACUGAAGGAGGCUUGCGGUUUCGAAUACAGCAACAAGCUCCAACGCGUGUUCACCGACAUGAGUCUGAGCAAGGAUCUUACGGAUUCGUUCAAGAAGCGGAUGGCCCAGAACCACGAUGAUAUGGACAUCACUUUCACUGUCGUGGUCCUCAGUACUAACAUCUGGCCUCUCAACCCUCCGACUCACGACUUUACCAUUCCCAACUACUCGAAGAACGAACUGCGAACUAAUUACCUGAACCAGAAAUACAUCUUGAUGACUAGCGCGUACCAGAUGGCCGUCCUUGUUCAAUACAACCGAAACGACACGUUAUCCCUGGAUGGGCUGUCUGCGGCGACCUCGAUCAGCGAGGACAUCCUGUCCCAGGUAUUGGCGUUGUUGGUGAGGGUUAAGAUUCUCGUCAAUAAGGAGAAGGACCAGUACGAUUUGAACUCUGGUUUCAAGUCAAAGAAGAUUCGGGUCAAUUUGAAUCAGCCAAUCAAAGUUGAAGUGAAGGCCGAGUCUUCUGACGUCCUUAAGGCCAUCGACGAAGACAGGAAAUACAUUAUCCAAGCUACUAUUGUUCGAAUCAUGAAAGCCCGUAAGACGAUGAAAAACCAAGCCCUGAUCCAGGAAGUCAUUUCCCUGAUCUCUCAUCGUUUCGCUCCCAAGAUUCCUGAUAUCAACAAGGCCGUAGAGACCCUUUUGGAGAAGGAGUACAUAGAUCGAGUUGAAGGACGGAAAGACACGUUUGUCUAUGUUGCAUAA